CCCAUCUGAUAGUGUUUAAUAAUUAAUGGAGUAACCUCUGGGGGAGAUUAUUUUGCCACACGCAAAAUGGUUUUACCUCGUGAUUUGCAUGUGAAUGCUCGCCUCGCUGUGUUUGUGCUCCCCUGGGUGUGCUCCUAAUGGGCCUUGUGUGUCUAUGUGUGUGUGUAAAUGUGUGUGUGUGAGGAACAAAAGCAAGCCCAGUUCCACACACACCUACUACUACUACUAGCUGGAUCUCGUCGAGCGGAGGCGCUUCUGACAGACUCUAAAGCUAAGCUAACUCCAGCUAGCAGCCUAGCUAUAGCUAAUCUCCCACACUUGCCGUCUAAUAACAUGGGCAUGGGCCUUGUGAGGAGAACCGCCUUAACCCCACACCCCUCAGGGCAGAAGAUAAUGCUGGGUUCCUGCGAUUUCUUCUAAACCUCAGGAGAUCACACUGACAGCGGGGACGACUGACAGACACGGACCGUACGCCAGAAAGAAGCCGAGACAGUGAACUUUUAAAGCGGCUAGGGCUGAUUUUGAACGCCGGCGAUUUGAAUUUUGGUCUCCGUAACGGUCGUUUUUGUUUCUAGCUGCGAACUUACCUGCUAGCCUAACGUUACCUUCUCUUCAACUGUUGGAUAUAUCUGGAUUGCUCGGCUCUACAGUCAAACUAGCACAACAACACUCAUCCUCUACUUCGUUUUUGCCUUAGAAAUAUCAUUUCCAACCUGCCUACUGUCUUUUUAGUCUUGUUUGACCUUUUUGGCUUCAGAAAAGCGAAGCUAAUGCAGCUAACUAGCGUUAGCUAACCAGGCAAGGCGAACAGAGAGAGUGUGCGCGUGAGCAAGAGAGAGCGAGCGAGUUCCCGGGCUAACUUAGCCAACGUUAGCUAAGCUAGCUAGGUUAGCUUGAUCGCCUAGCUAACUGGCUGCUCUGCGUUAGCUCUGUGUAACCACGGCAAAAAAAAAACUACAAAACUACACCAGCUUGCAUCAGAUUUAUCCCAAAUCUCAAAUCUCGCUGCUAAUGCUAGCUAAAGGCAGACUGAGGAGGCUUUUUUCCUCUUCGUUUCCUCCCCCUUCACAGGGAGACUGUUAACCUAAUAGGUUAGCAAGCUAGCUAAAUUAAGCAGAGCUCAAAAGAACCAGCAAAGCCGGAGAAAACACAACAUUUUACACCCAAUCUCAUCUCCAGAAGAGCGAACAAAGAGGAGGAUUUCCAGCCUAAAUUCGCUUGCUUUGCUAAGAAGGAAGGAGGCAAGAAAACUGACAUGAUGUUUCCACAAGCCAGGCACACGGCUGCGUCUCAGUCAGCACAACCACUGAAGUUCACCACAUCUGACUCCUGUGAUCGCAUCAAAGACGAGUUCCAGUUCCUCCAAGCGCAGUAUCACAGUCUGAAGCUGGAGUGUGAUAAGCUGGCCACGGAGAAAUCGGAGAUGCAGCGGCACUACGUCAUGUACUACGAGAUGUCAUAUGGGCUCAACAUUGAAAUGCACAAACAGGCCGAGAUAGUGAAGAGGCUGAAUGCUAUCUGCGCUCAGGUGCUGCCCUACUUGUCCCAAGAGCAUCAGCAGCAGGUCUUGGGAGCGAUUGAGAGAGCCAAACAGGUCACUCCGCCAGAGAUGAACUCCAUCAUUCGGCAGCAACUCCAGGCCCACCAGCUCUCUCAGCUACAGGGUCUGGCCCUGCCCAUGGCUCCUCUGCCCCUGGGACUGACCGCUCCUUCCCUGCCGGCCGUCUCCUCUGCCUCGGGCCUCUUCUCCCUCUCCAGUCUGCUGGCAUCGCAGGCUCACUUGGCCAAGGAGGAGAAGAGUGCCCGUGAAGCUGCGAACGACAACCACCGUGAUGACGAUGGAGACAAAUCCGACUAACUGCACCCGAGUCUGCUCUCGAUGGAAAAGAUGAGGGGGGGAAAAGCACAUAUCCACAUAUACAGAAACCCAAGAAAGUUCAAGCAGAAGACCAGCGGUAUAAAAUAAAUAAAAAUCUAACUUUACAUUACUUCAGUAUAAUUACCAUUAUUUAGAAGACCGUUCAAUCCAUUGUGAUCAGAUCUUAAAUUUGUGUUUAGUCCAAUAAAUUGCCCUAAAUAUUAA